UAAUAAACAUACUAAACUAAAAUUAAAAUCAAGUUAACUUGCACCCACUUAAGAUUCAACAUGAGUUCCAUUGAAGCAUCCGAUUUAAGGACGAUCUACGAACAAAUGAAGCAAGAAAGGAACUUCGUUCUGGGGAAUCUACAUAAUUCAGAGGUAGCACUGCAAAAACAAUUGCUUACACUAAAUUUGUUUAAACAAAAAUACAAUAUUACUUCAAGUGAGUUACUGAAGAAAGCUGAAUCUGCAUUAAUUUCCGAAGAUAGUUCUAGAAGUAAUGUAACAAUAGUAACAAUUCCCAAAGAAGAUCUUAAUCUGGCAAGUACAGCUUGUUUUACUCCAAAUAGUAUAGAUACUAGCAAUGAUGUUUUGAUUAUCGAUUCUGAGGACUCAUUUCAAAAAGAAGUUAUAGUAUUAGAAUCAGAUAAUGAAAUCCAAUCAACAUAUCAGGAACCAAGGAGUGAGUUUGUCAAAAACAAAAAUGACUUCUUAUCGUAUAACCUAAGUCAAUUGGUCCCAAAAGAUGCAACUACAGUAGCAUUAACUGAAGAACAACCAUCCAAGAAACCUAGAUUACAAUCCAUGGAAGUAAUAGAAAUAGGAUCCAACGGAACCCAAAUGGAUGAACAGAAAUACAAAACUAUUAAGUGGGAUAUCUACACCAAAGCCACAAGGCAAUUACUGGAUACCUUUUUCACCAGAGACGUUCUUGCUAAUUCUUCAUUAUCAGGACGCCCUAGCCCUGCAUUUUUAAAUUCAGGGAAGACCACUAAGAAGCCUUUGGACAAGAAUAUUAUAGAAGAUAUCGUUGCUUGUGUGUCUAAGAAUUGCAAUGUACUACCCAGAAUGGUUAGGCACUGUAUUACCAGUAAGUGCCGAUCAAGGAAAGCUUUUGAGGCGAAGUCUUAAUUAUGCUAUUGUACUAAUAUUAUGUUAAUUUUACUAAUUAAAACGUUUCCUUAUAUUUUAUUGCGUGAUUUAUGUUAUUUUUAAAACUUCUAUCGUCAGAGAAGGAAGCAAAGUAAAACUAUAAUUAAUCACAAAUCAAUAGGUACCUUUUUUUUAAUUAAAU